UCUCCUUCCUACCUCGCAGACGUUUGGGUGCCACCGCCGCUGCAUCCUAUCUCUGAGACUGUUUGUCUCUUUUUUUGACCCUUCUACUCCACAGAGACAAACGGGGUAAAAAGAGGAAAGAAGUGGCCGCUACGGGGCGAACCACAACAAUGACCCGGUCCUGACUAAAAUUGAAUGGAUUAGCCAAUCUAUUCUGAGCGCUAAUGAGAUUAGAGACAUGGGUCGCGGCGGCGUGGUACCUUUCGUUGAGCUCCUCGGGGAACAUUUCCCCUGUCAACAGUCCUCCAGACGUGGAAAUGCUGUUUUUGAUAUUGAAGAUGCCGCGGGUGCCAGGGGACAAUAACAGACCUUUGAAUGCACACUCACCUGUGCCGCUUUUGUGGCGCGUGGAUUCCUAGAAGUAGAAGUAGAAGUAGUAGUAGCAGCAGCAGCAGUAGUAGUAGUAGUAUUAGUAAAGGAGGACAAAAUGAAGUACCAGAAAUAUAUCACGGUGAUGCAGAUGGCCAUGGGAGUGACAGCCUCCAACAAAGACUGCCUCCCCACUAAGAGACAGCUGUGGGUGACCCCGCAAGAUGGAGAAACAUCCCCCUCAGGUGCUCCCGGGUGUUCGGAUGAGCCUACAGGUGCUACCGGUGGCGCUGGUGCUAUGGCAAUUACUGCCACCUCCACCCUCUCGUUGCCCAUGAGCCAAGGUAAACCUUCCCUGCGCCGCAUCAAAGGCCGCAUUCACCGCAGCAAGAGCCUGGACAGCAUGGAUCUGCUCGACUCCAAUUCCACAGUGGGAGCUGCUGAGGAUCACCCCACAUUCACUCACUUGCAUACUGCUCGUGCAUGCGGAGGGACACAAACACGGGCAAAAGAAUCCCUCUGGGUCAACCGUAGCUGGAAUCAGACCGUGGGCAGGCAUAUGCACGCAUGUGUGAGUGCAGCGAUGGAGGAAACUGUCAUAUGGGAACAGCACACAGUGACCCUUCACAGAGCCCCAGGGUUUGGGUUUGGUAUUGCCAUCUCAGGUGGACGAGACAACCCUCAUUUCCAGAGUGGGGAGACGUCCAUUGUGAUAUCUGAUGUGCUGAAAGGAGGUCCUGCAGAGGGAUUGCUACAAGAAAAUGAUCGAGUGGUGAUGGUCAAUGCAGUUUCUAUGGACAACGUAGAGCAUGCCUACGCAGUGCAGCAGCUCCGAAAGAGUGGCAAAAAUGCAAAGAUAACUAUUCGUCGGAAAAGGAAAGUGCAGAUUCCCGUUUCUCGGCCAGGGGACAGGGAGACGAUGUCAGAGCACGAGGAAGAAGACAGUGAUGAGGAUGAUGGCCAUGACCACCACAGUGGGCAUGGUAGCCAAAGUACCUAUGGAGGAGCAAGUGGAGGCACUGGCACUGGCACUGGCACUGGCAGGCGUCGUGAUCGUGAGCGUAGCAACAGUGGCAGGCGGGACCACAGUGCCUCGCGGGAGAGGAGCAUCUCACCACGCUCUGAUCGCCGAUCACAAACCUCCUCUGCUCCACCCAGGCCUGCCAAGGUCACUCUUGUCAAGUCCCGCAAAAAUGAAGUAGAAUAUGGACUGCGGUUGGCCAGCCACAUCUUUGUGAAGGACAUCUCUCCUGAGAGCCUUGCUGCCAGAGAUGGAAACAUCCAGGAGGGAGAUGUUGUACUUAAGAUCAAUGGCACCGUUACAGAGAACCUAUCACUAAUAGAUGCCAAGAAGCUGAUUGAGAGGUCAAAGGGCAAGUUGAAAAUGGUGGUGCAGAGAGAUGAUCGAGCCACGCUGCUCAACAUUCCCGACCUUGAUGACAGCAUCCCAUCAGCCAAUAACUCCGAUAGAGAUGACAUUUCAGAAAUACACUCACUGACAUCAGACCAUUCCAAUCGAUCCCACGGACGAGGUAGUCGAUCACGUUCGCCUGACAGGUCCGAACCAUCGGACCUUCUCCGUCACUCACCGCGGCAGAUCAGCAAUGGCAGUUGGAGCUUUCAGAUGAGGGCUGGUUCACUGUUGCACAGAUUACUUUCAAUCCAUCGAAGUCGAGAUGAGGAUCGCAUAUCUAAACCAGGGGCCAUGCCUAUAGUCAGAAGCUCUGAUGAUGGUGUCUUGUCACAGGCUAGCGACCAGGCCAGCUCCAGAGAUGACAAACUGUUACCUCCGCUGCCGGAACCAAAGCCAGUUUAUGCACAGCCUGGUCAGCCUGACGUGGACCUGCCUGUCAGCCCCUCUGAUGCCCCUGUACCCAGCCCCGCUCAUGAUGAGAGCAUCCUCAGGCCGAGUAUGAAGCUGGUCAAGUUCAAGAAGGGAGAGAGCGUUGGUCUGCGGUUAGCAGGAGGGAACGACGUGGGGAUUUUUGUGGCAGGUGUUUUGGAGGACAGUCCUGCAGCCAAUGAGGGGCUUGAGGAGGGAGACCAGAUUCUCAGGGUGAACAAUGUGGACUUUGCCAACAUCAUAAGGGAGGAGGCUGUGCUGUUUCUGCUGGAUCUCCCAAAAGGAGAAGAAGUUACUAUUUUGGCUCAGAAAAAGAAGGAUGUGUAUCGUAGGAUAGUGGAAUCGGACGUGGGUGACUCCUUCUACAUUCGGACACAUUUUGAAUAUGAAAAAGAGUCACCGUAUGGACUGAGCUUUAACAAGGGCGAGGUGUUCCGUGUAGUGGACACGCUCUACAACGGCAAAUUAGGAUCCUGGCUUGCUAUCCGUAUUGGCAAGAACCAUCAGGAAGUGGAAAGAGGCAUCAUCCCCAACAAGAACAGAGCUGAGCAGCUAUCCAGUGUGCAGUACACCCUCCCCAAAACACCAGGGGGCGACAGAGCAGACUUCUGGAGAUUCCGAGGAUUGCGAAGCUCGAAGAGGAAUUUGCGGAAGAGCAGGGAAGACCUGUCAGCCCAGCCAGUUCAGACCAAGUUCCCUGCCUAUGAGAGGGUGGUGCUGAGGGAAGCUGGGUUCCUGAGGCCUGUGGUUCUCUUUGGGCCGAUAGCAGAUGUGGCCAGAGAGAAACUGGCCAGGGAGGAGCCAGACGUUUUUGAACUAGCAAAAACACAGCAACAACACGGAGGGGAAAAGAGUGAACCCAGGGAUGCAGGAACCGACCAGAAAAGCACCGGCAUCAUUCGCCUUCACACCAUCAAACAGAUCAUUGACCGGGACAAGCAUGCAGUGCUGGACAUCACCCCUAAUGCAGUGGACCGUCUGAACUACGCUCAGUGGUAUCCAAUUGUGGUGUUUCUCAACCCAGACACAAAGCAGGGCGUCAAGACCAUGAGGACCCGCCUUUGCCCUGAGUCUAGAAAGAGCGCCAGGAAGCUUUUUGAACGAGCCCUCAAAUUACGGAAGAACAACCACCACCUCUUUACCACGACUAUUAACUUAAACAACAUGAAUGAUGGUUGGUUUGGAGCACUAAAAGAGACAAUCCAGCAGCAGCAGAACCAGCUGGUGUGGGUUUCAGAGGGCAAGGCUGACGGGGCAGCUGAGGAUGACCUGGACAUCCACGACGACCGCCUGUCCUACCUGUCGGCGCCAGGCAGUGAGUAUUCUAUGUACAGCACUGACAGCCGCCACACCUCCGACUACGAGGACACGGACACGGAGGGUGGAGCCUAUACCGACCAGGAGCUGGAUGAAACGCUGAAUGAUGACGUGGGUCCACCCACGGAGCCUGCCAUCACCCGCUCGUCUGAGCCUGUCCGUGAGGACCCGCCUGUCAUCCAGGAGCCCCCUGGCUACGCUAGCUUCCAGCACACAGUGCAGCCGGACCCCCUGAACCGCAUUGACCCGGCUGGAUUCAAGGCACCAGUGCCGCAGCAGAAAGCAGAGGCCGCUGCCGUCCCUAGCAUCCCCCAGCAGCCUGAGCCCCUGGCUGAGACAGUGCCCCCAGCUGUCGACGUUACUGUAAAAACUGUAGGGGGUCUGAGCCCUGACGAGGCUCCUGCAGCUCACAGCCAGCCAAGCCCCAACCCAGAGGCUGGCUCACUUAGGAGGCCCACCCCUGAGCUAGCACCUCAGAGCGUCACACCAGAACCUCUACCGUCUGGACUGGCCAGUUCAGAACCAAAGAUGUUUCAGAAGGAUCCAUACAGCACAGACAACACUGGGAGAGUCGGUCACAGCAUGAAGCCUGUGACUUACAACCCUCAACAGGGAUAUCACCCAGACCAGCAGCCAUACAGAGAUUACGACCACCCACCUAGUCGGUAUGAUGUCAGCAGCGGAGGUGGUUACCCAGAACCAAAGUACCGAAACUAUGACUCUAACCCGCCCUACGAGAACAGUGUGCCUCAGUACGACCAGCAACAGUGGAACCCUUACAGCCAACCGCUGUCUACUGCCAACUCCCAGGGCUACGAUCCCCGUUUGCCAUACGGCGACGGCCCUGACUCCCACUACACCCCUCCUCUCCGCUAUGACGAGCCCCCACCUCAUCAGGGAUUCAACGGACGGCCUCGCUACGGUAAACCGACAGGGCCUGUCCGUCAUGAUGAUCCUCCUCCUCUUGCUCCAGGGCCUGACCUGCACUACGACCAAGAUUCUCACCUGAGCAUGUACCCCUCAGCUGCCCACUCCCCAGACCCUGCUGCUCAGCGGGCUGCCUACAACCAGGGACCAACACCGCAACAAAAGAGCUACAAACCUCAGCAGCAUGAUCCUGUUCCUGUGAACUCUGAAACUAGCCCCACACCACCUCUCAAAGCAGAGGCACCCUCACCUUCCCCUGCAGAUGCUUCAAAGCCUUUCCCUACCAGAGAUGAGCAACCGGAUGACCCUGCCAUGCGGCCACAGUCAGUCCUGACAAGGGUCAAGAUGUUUGAGAACAAACGCUCUGUGUCCGUGGAUAGAGCCAGAGAUACAGCGGAUUCUUCUGGAAACAAGGCAGCCGAUAUACCUUUGAAAGCAGGUGGAGUAAUCCCUAAAGCAAAUUCUCUGAGCAACCUGGAUCAAGAGAAGACCUUUAGAGCCCCAGGACCUCAGCAGCCUCAGCCUCAGUCCAAGGUAGCUGAUGACAUUGUGCGCUCCAACCAUUACGACCCUGAUGAGGACGAGGACUACUACAGGAAACAGCUGUCUUACUUUGAUAGGCUCCAGACCGGUCCCAACAAACCCCAGCCACAAGCACAAACAAAUAACAACUACCCAAGGACGGAGUCGGUGGAGAAACCAAGUCCAGUGGAGAAAAAAUAUGAACCAGUUCCCCAGGUGACGCCUUCUCUGCCACCAGCCACACUGCCCAAACCUGCACCUGAAGCCAAAGCUCCGGGCCGAGACGACACUGUUCAGACCAACUUCCUGCCUCACAAGAGCUUCCCUGAGAAGUCUCCGGUUAAUGGCACUAGUGUACAUCCUCCAAAAGCAGCUCCACCAGCAACCAGCUACAACCGCUACACGCCCAAGCCCUACACCAUGUCUGCCAAGCCGUUUGCGCGCAUGUUCGACAGUCCUAAAUUCAACCACAACCUUCUGCCCAAUGACAAGCCUGAGACUGCUUCAAAGGGCCAGACCCCCAGCCCAGUGAAGCCUCAGAUUCCCCCGCAGCCCAUGAACACAGACCAUGACAGUGGUCUGGAUACUUUCACACGCACUAUGGACCACCGCUCCAAACACCAGCACAACAACAUCAACGCUGUUCCCAAGGCCAUCCCUGUGAGCCCCAGCGCCCUGGAUGAUGAUGAGGAUGAGGAUGAGGGCCACACGGUGGUUGCAACCGCUCGAGGUAUAUUCAACUCCAACGGUGGCGUCCUGAGCUCCAUCGAGACAGGUGUCAGCAUAAUUAUCCCACAGGGUGCCAUCCCUGAAAGUGUGGAGCAGGAGAUCUACUUUAAAGUCUGCAGAGACAACAGCAUCCUGCCACCACUCGACAAGGAGAAAGGAGAGACUCUGCUCAGCCCUCUGGUGAUGUGUGGACCUCAUGGCCUCAAGUUUUUGAAGCCUGUGGAGCUGCGCUUACCUCACUGUGCGUCUAUGACCCCUGAUGGUUGGUCUUUUGCUCUAAAAUCCUCCGACUCCUCGUCGGGUGACCCAAAAAGCUGGCAGAACAAGUCUCUUCCCGGAGACCCCAACUACCUGGUGGGAGCCAACUGCGUUUCUGUGCUCAUUGACCACUUUUAAGGACGACCAGCAAGUGUGAUGUUACUGAAUGUGGAACCAUAGGGGGUAAAAUGAAGAGGAUGGACACAUAAACACUUACAUAUAUACACACACACACACACAUAUACAUACACACACACACACACACACACACUGACAGAUGCACUCCACACACACUACAUAAUGGAGUAUGAAGAAGAUCCAGUCAGUGCUGUUUACUGCACCCAUAGAUGAAGGCGAGACACUGAUGAUCGUUACAAGCUGUUCUUUAAACUUUUUCCCCAAUUUGAAGUUUUGAUGUGAAAUGAAACUAUGGAUGCAUGCCCCAUGCCAUGAGGAUUGACACUAUAUACAAGGUGAUGUUAAAUGUAAUUUUUACAUGAAUAUACAGUAAAUGGAUGGAUGGCUUUUGAGGCAGCCACAUGCUUCAAAAAUCUGUGUUGGUAUAUUUAUGCUAUAUAUGCAUACAGUAUAUAUAGUAGUAUAGAGAAGAUUUACUAAAAGUUUUACUCGUGAAUUCAAUUACAAGUCAACAUCUUGUUAUUUUUUCAGUUCAGGUGACUGAAUACAAACAUGUAUCUUCACAUUUGUUUCCACAUUGAGGGAAUUUUAAUGAAGGUUUGAGACAGACGUGAGCUAAGAUUAAACCAGGGAUGGUGACAAGUUGAAGGAGUUGGCAAAAUAUGAGGUGGAUAUGAACCCAAGCAGCACACUUUUUAGAGAUGUUCUUCCUUCCUUUAUUCUUCCUUUUCCUACAGUGAUAUCUUGUAGCUUAAUUUCUUACAGAGUACCACAUCUCUCCUUCCAGCCUGAGGGAGAUCUAUGCAUGUUCUUUACUCAGGUCCAAUAGCCUUCUCAGUUCCUUUCUCACAUCUCUCUCUCUCUCUCUCUCUCUCUCUCUCUCUCUCUCUCUCUCUCUCUUUUCUUUUCUCACUGUGCACUCUUGCGCUCACACACAAAUAAGCAGUGAUGCCUUAUCUGCAGAUUAUUCACUUUUCAUUAAGAAAAACAAAAUAAGUUAUGAUAAAUUAUGGUAUAAUGUCAUUUGUUUUGCCAUCUUCUGUGAACCCACUGUAUAAAUGAACUUGGGUUUAGCACACAAUAACAGUUUAAAAAGGAUAACAAAGAUAUGCUCUUCUUUUAUCUGCUAUGCAUUACUUAAAAAAGAAAAAAAAAACAGAAAAGAAGUGGCUGUAAAUAAAGCUAUCAUAUUGCCUUGUUUCUUUUGUUUGUAAAUGAACUUUUUGUAUGUCUUUCUUUUUUGUAUAAAACUUAGAGAAAACACGUUUUAAAAAGUGGAAGAAAGUGAGUGUGGUUAUCUUUGUAUUCUGGAUAUACCCUCGAGCCUUGGAACUUGUAACCUAACAAUAAUACAUCACAUCUUUUCUACCAAUAUAUUCACACUAUGUUAUGGUCACAAAAAAAACGUCUUUUAAUGGCUCUUUAAGGAUCAGGAAAGUGCUUGGGCUAAAAUAUAUUUAAAACAUGUUCUUUUAAAAAGGGUGUGCUCUUAAAGUGUCCCCCUCACUGAUUUGUGAUACUGGAUGCUGUAUUGUGUGCCCUUAAAUGUAUUUUUGUACUAAUAGACAAUAUAUGAUGUAUGGCACACCAGUACCAUUUUAUUUUUAGAUAUAACACAGCUUUAAUUGGAUAUUAGCUCUUCACGUGUGGCUGACUUUUUUUUCUCCUCUGCAACACAAUUUUAAGUAUACCACUGUAUUAAUAAAUAAAAUCAUUUUUAAAGUAAA